CACUGAAUAAGGUGUUCACUGUUCACUGUUCAGUGUUCACUGGCUUGGAAGGAGAAGGGCUCGAACUAGGCAUUGUACGGCCGCGGAGCUUCUCACUCCUUAUUAUAUUAAUGUACUCUUGCUAUAAUUCUGGAACAAAUGAAAAAAUCCAAAACGUAUGACCAAUAAUUUUCUCCUUUCUGGCAAAGUGGGAUUACACAGAGAAAGAUUCUUGUUCCGCUUGCCACUGACGAACAUUUAUCGAUUUGAACAUAUUAAUUGAGAAAAAUCGUAUAUUUUCUUAGGCGAAUAAAAAUGCUAACUUGAUUUCAAUAUAAAAUGUUGGGGAAGGCUGUGUUGUGCUUAGUGGCUGCUAUACUUGAACAUAGUACAGCAGUACAAGGUGAGUGCACUGAUUUACACGGACGAACAGUGACUAAUGGCUUGCAUUACAUCCCCGGUCCGGAUACUUGUACACUUUGCAUUUGUGAUAAUGGCUUGCCCAGGGUAUGCAAAGCAGUUUUAUGUUCGCCACCACAGGACUGCCGUUCCUUUCGUGUUGGAAGCACUUGUUGUGAAUUCAUUUGCUUGGAUGAUGUUGUAAAGCCUUCAGAAACCCAUGAAGCUAAUUUUAGACUUGUGGGUGGGGGUGUCGGGGGAAUAGUUUUGAUCACUAUUGCCCUUUCAGUUUAUAGAGUUCGGAAACAGAAAAGACGUCGCCCUCCACAUAUUGAUGAUAGAGGAAGUUUAACUAGUAUUGGGUACAUAAGUGGUAGUAUGGGCUGUAUGGGUGGAGCUUGUGAGCCAGUGGCAGGUGCAUGGAAACCUCCAGGUCAUUAUUUACCUCGAGGUGAAGCACCACCUCCCUAUGAAGAGGCCAUGGCACAGUGUCGCUCAGAUCAGAUACGAUUCGGUGAUCCAAUAAUGCGGUCAGCAUAUUCUAAUAACUUAGAGCCCAUUGCAAGAUCUGAAGAUUCCAUGCAGUGUGUCGGACAUGGAUAUGUAAAUCUCACACGGCCUGUUUCUCAGCUGCCCAACACUCAGAGCUGCUUCACAGCUCCCUUACUUCAGCCGGUACAUGCCCCAGAAGCAAGAGACAGUAACAUCAUAUCGCAUCACCCUUUGGCUCCGCCUAUUGGCAGAGGACUGUUUCGUCUGACUGGAUCUUUGGGUACGAUAAGCAAUCGUGCGUUGAGUCUGGCGCGUGAAGACCACGACCGAGAGAGGCCUCAUAACGUUCCCGGCUUUUACACCACACACACUGCGCUUCACCGUACAAUCCCGCGAAUAUCGACGGCCAGUGAGACGAGCGCAGUGGAAUGUUUCACCCGGGGGGAGCGAGCUUGUGGAGAUGUGCGACGAUCCUUCCAUCGACCCGAGCCACCCAGGGAUCGCCAUGAACGGAUUGACCGGAUUGAUAGACAGACACACGCACACCCUAGGAGUGUGCCCAGGAAUCUUAAUAUCGCCUCCACUACUGACACCGAAAUAAAUUUAGACGACACUGUGAGUGUCAAAUCUGGAGGCCGAUCUCGUGCGCACAGUGAAGAACAAGUGGUCUCUGAACGUGGAAAAGCAAGACCAGCACCGCCCCCGCCGCUGCACGCGCAGCCUGUUCAACCGCCACCCCCAUCCUAUGCUACUUCAAUUUCCCAUGUAGCUCUGAGUUCCCAUGCACCGCCCACUUCGCAUGCUCCGCCGACAUCCCAGGCACAGGCAAAUACCCAUGCACCGUCAAAUAUCCAUGCCCCACCAACUAUCCAUGCUCCGCCAACUGUCCAUGCCCUGCCAACUGUCCAUGCCCCGCCAAAUAUCAUUGCACCGCCAAACUCCCAUGCCUCGCCAAUUUCUCAUGGCCCUAUUCAGCCGACAGAGGCGACUCCGAUAACGAGUGCUUUGGCUCCACAAAGUACUUUGCCGCUAACUGUGGAUAAGCCGUCGUGCGGAUGCAGCUACUCGGGUCGGGCAGGGCGGGGUGCGGGGGAGGAAGAAGCGGACGACUACCGCAGCGAGUGUGAGAACUGCAAGGCCACGGCCGACACUGGAUGGGAGGAGCCCCCCGAAGGCUGGGGCUGCGGCACCCAGACUCUGCAGCGCCGAGCCCCGCCUCCCGCGCCCCCGCCUCCGCACACCGCGACUCUGCCGCAGCCUGUCACUAGGCACGAGUAUAUAAAUAUUACUAUUGUAGACGACCGAUGGGCCAGCCGUCGAACUGGGAGAACUGGUUCAAUACCAUACCGGAUUCGGAUACAGAAUCGGACGAAGAUUAAUUUAAUUUCCCUACUUCGAAUUUAAUUGUUAUGAACGAAUUUAUUUGUUUUUUGUUGUAACAAAAGUACAAAAGAUUUAUUUUAAAUCGAUUGGUUAAAUGUUUCUCGCACAAAUUUUUUGAUUAUUUACAUUGAUGUUGACUUAAUUAGUUUUUAAUUGUUUAACACAAAGUGUUUUUUUGUUUUAUUUAUAUGGAUAUCACAAUGUUUACCAAAGAGUUUAUAUGACAUUUUUAUUUGUUUAUUUAAUAUGAAAUUUGAUAGCCAUUUAUUUUAUUCUUAUUGAUGAAAAAAUAUGUAAAAUGUUGUGAUCAAAUAGCGAAUCCUACUGCCAAUUUUUCCCGCUAGAGGCGCUAGCCAUAGAAUAUAUUUUAUCGUAUUACUAAUCAGCUCUUAUAGAGAAAAUCACUGUCAAUAUUGAUGAAGUAUUAACGCUAAAGAGAAAAUAAUAAUAAGCAGAAUAAAGUGGCGCCCUCUAGCUUUACCUUUAAGUAACCUUAUUCUAGAUAUUCUGUGUUGAUAGAGAAAGUAACACCAAACAUAUUUGCAUAUUGUCCAUAAGUAUCACGUUUGCAUUAUUAAUUAUUCAAAAUAUGUAAACUAAAUUUAAUAAUUUAUGGUAUUUAAGUGCCAAAUCAGAAAAUUUAUAGAUGUUUUGUAGUGCAGCGAGCCAGUUCGCCCGCGAGUAGAAGAGCGUCAUCGACGACGUCUCAACCAGACAUGUUUACGCCACUCAUGACGUCACGGUCCACGGACCAUACGAUGCGUCAUUAGAGACCACCCGUUACUAUGAACGUAGCCAGCGAACUCGCUCGCUACAGUAGUUUUCCCUAAAUAACAUAUUUUUGAUGUGAAAUAGCUCAGAGAAAUAUUUUAUUAAAUUAGAUUAACAAUUCCAUAUAAUAGACAACAGUAUUAAGAGGCUAUUUUUUCGUAUAUAGAUUAGGAAAGUUCACAAAUUUUUAGCUUUUCAAAUAUAAUAUUUUCAGGGUUUAUUCCUUUUGAAUACAUAUUUAAUGUGCUCUCUAUAGUAUAGAUUACGAAGGUAAUCUUGAGCUCCGGAUUCGAAUCUAUUUCGGAGGCCCUAGCACGAACGUUACAUUAUUUUCGUAUACGUAUACGUACAUUUAUCGCUAACGUAUACGAAUGGGUCGCUCAAGAUUUCUAUACAAAAUAUCUUUUACGGUAACUAUAAGAUUUUACGUAUUGUUCGUGUGAGGGUAGUUAAUGCGUAAUGCCGAUAUAUUAAACUAAUGUUUAAAUUAAAAUUUCUUUAGAUUAGGUUUUGGGCAUGUUAAAAGGGUAGAAAAUAGCAAUACUUUUCUGAAAUUAAUUAUACUACCUAUAUAAUGUUACUUUUUAAUCGUCUAAUCGUGUUUACUUGUCUUUGUGCAAGAUUAUUAUCGACGUAUUAUCGCGAAUUCACAGAAUUUCUGAAGAAUUGUGAUAAGAUUCACUAAUUAAAUAUUAUAAGCGUUGUUCAUCUUUAUCUAUAAAUAAUUAAUGUCUUUAUAGUGAUAUUUUUAUCUUUGAUGUUUAGUAUUUAAAGAAAUUAUUAUCAAGGAAGAGGUAGGUUUGUCAUGAUAGGGUAUUUAUUACACUAUAUUUUCAGUUAAUUUUUAUUUUGUACAAAAAAUUUCUCGCCAAAAGACGCCAUUAAAAUCAUAUUACAAUUGAAAUCAUUACGUGUUUUUGUGUCGGUACUAUGUCACUUUCAAUAGAGAAUAGCGAUAGCGAUCUCGAGUUCGAAAUUGGGUUUUGACGUUACUUUUAAUAACCAUAGCGCUGAUAUUGCUCAGUAUCGAGAGAUACAAAAAUUAAACAUUGAAGAUCAAAUCGCUAUCGCUAUUGGCAAAAGUACUGACGUAGAUUAAAAAUAGUAAAUUUUCAUAAUCUAUUUAAUUCAUUGCAAUUAUUAAAAUCGGCUGCUUAUACCAGAAGAUCCAUUGAUUUAAGUUUUAUAAGGAUAAUACCCUAUCAUUGUAUGACUCGACCGAUAAAUACAGACGAAAAGCGAUAAAAGUUCUUAAUACGAUAAAAUGAGAACAGAUAAAGUACUAAUUAUAAUAUUACCCACCAAUAAGCAUUCCAAUAUUGUUUUAAUAUAAGGGUUAUUGUAUUUAUUGACUAUUAGGGAGAUGUAAUGUUCCAACUUUGUGAUUUGCCUGAAGGCGCUAUCAGUAUUAUAGGCAUUUCCGAACCAAAUAAAUAAAAACCGAAUUGAA